AUGGAGGCAGAGCAAGGCCAAUUCGUCCAAACUACAUACGUCAAGGAGGAGAAGGCCGCCGCGGCCGCGAAACUCGCGCGGGCACGCAAGGCGCUGCUGAGGAACCCCAAGGUCAAGCAGAGAGCGCGGAGGCACCUCGUAGACCUCCAAGCUCCUCCAAGAGCAGUCGGUUACUGGCCAAAGUGGACACCAGUGCUCCCUCCCAUUCCCUCAACCGCCGCCGACUUGGACUUCAAAGAUGACGGAGUGGUCAGCAGUUCCGGCGAACAAGGGCAUGAGUAUCGUGGGCUCGGUUUGGCGGUACUGGCAGCUAUGAUAAAGAUGCGAGGAACUAUGCCGGGUUGCGAGAUUCUGAUAGAAAUUUUGAGUGGAUGGACGUGUGAGCGUUUUAACAGCUGUGAUAUCAGUGCGCGUGACUACAGGGGGUUGGAAGAUUCGAAGGGAAGUUCUGAGCGGAUGGGUUAUAGAUUUAGAAGGCUUCAUAAAAGACAGCCAGGAGGGCGACGAACACUCAACCUUCUGUCAUUACACGCCGCGACAGUUAUGGAGGCUCCUCCUGCGGUCCCUAUUCGAAUGUCGAAGCAUCGCACAAUCGUGCCAUCGCCAUUGUCAAACCCGCCCCUCCUAGCCAGCGACCUGCCGACUCCAACACCCGCUCCACCGCCCUUGAUGCGCGGACCCAAGAUGGGCCGCGUGUUCUUGGGCAUCAACAAUCUUCUGGAGAGCCUGCCGGAGGACGUUGCCCGCGCCGUCCUCUCCAACUUCCGGCACGGCGUACCAACUCCUCUUGGAAUUCUACCAGAUGACAUCAAUCAGCAGUGUAAGGAGGUGGUUGAAGCAACUCAGCAGCUGCUUCUUUCUUUGCCUCUCAGUAGGGCCAUGGGCAUCGCCAACGAUUGGUUUGCUCAAUACGGGGGAGACCCAGACGACGAAGACGAGAGCUAUGAGAGCAAUGAUGAAGAUAAUGAUAUUCCUGCACGGCCACCCACUUCCUUCGCACGGCGUGAUAGCCACCAAAACUCUCUGCAAGCUCCACUCUCUCGAGGCCCGUCCCCGGCCCCGCGCACUCACAGCGCACUCAGCGCUCUUCCAACACAACACGACGUCGCAAACGGGAAGACUCGCCCGCAGCCUCACUUUUCCCCCGAUAGGAAACAUAUGAGCAUUCGUAGCGGUAGAAAGAGUGUCCUCACCCUCAGCACUACCCAGAACACGUCGCCGAAAAGGAAAGCACCCGCACACUCCAGAGAUGAACGACUGCCUACCCGUCCCCGUCUUGCAGGUUCGGAGAGUGCGCCGCGAGCUCUCACGGCGGCGGGGCGCGAUCAAGCACCCACGCGUCCCCACAAGCCAGCACGUCGUAGCUUAGGAGCCGGAAGUGCAGGGCCAGCUUCUAGGUCUUCUGCUAGGUCGUCCUCCGCUCUCGGCGAUUCCAGCCCACCAAGCGAAGAAGAAGUGAGGGCUUGUCAGAAGCUUCGAGCGACGUUCGCGGCGGUGACGACGCCUGAGAACGAGACAGAAGAAGCAGGACAGAGCGGCGGUUCUAGUGGUAGAACUUCUGGAUACUAG